AUGAAUAAAGGCGGAUAUAACGUUCAUCACGUGGAAAUGACCAGAAUAUUAUUCGUUUCUGUACAGGUUCAGGUAUACAGCUAUAUUGUUGUUCAAUAUAUUCAUAUGGAUUUUUGACCAACUAAUGAAUUUGGAUUUAUUAGAUCUGUUCCGGUCGAUGUUGAUGCUGUCGAAGUGGUUGUUGAUGAUGUUGGAAUGGUAGAUUUAUCUGAUUGUAUUCUUGAAGAUCUACCUAUAAUCGAAUGA